CGGUGAGCAAGAUGGUAUUCUAUGGGUAUGGGAUCUGAUAUGUAUUCUACGUGGGCGUUCUCGUUAGGGGGGGUCUAUGUGUGUCUUCCACGACCACGGCCACGGUUCGGGAGGUUUCCUCCACCUCGGCUUCGGGAGCUUCCUCCGCGGUGUACACCUCCGCCUCUAUGGUUGUUGCGGUCGUUGCGUUUCGACGCCUUUGAUGCAAGCGGAUGGUCCGGGGGAAGACGUGAGAGUUGGUCUGGUGGGCCCCACCAUUUGGCCGCUGUGAACGGGCACAUGCGGGAGGGGUGGUCGUCGAGCUUGCAUAUGACACAGCCUUUGAUUGAGCCAUCGUACAUGUCGACGCUCGGUUUGUAUCGGAUGGCGCCUGCUAUGUAUUCCUCUUGUCUCAGCAUCUCGCGGAGCUUGAGUUGCUCGGCUUCUGAUCCAAACCCAGGAUCCAUGUAUACCGCCAUGGUGGCGCAUUCGCCAUCGUUUCUGUAGACCGCAUCGAUGCUGAGGGCGAUGUGGUCGAUCCGUUUUUCCAGUGGUCC